GCCUCUCUGCGCCUGCGCGGGCGCGGUGCCUUUGCGAGGACGGAGCUGCGUUCGCUGCAGCACAGACCCGGAGGGCAUCGCCAGAGCGGAGCUGCGUUCUCUUCUGCACAGACUCCGGGGUACUGCGAAGGCGGAGCAGCGUUCUUCUCAGCACAGACCUGGGCGUGCGGGCCAGGGGCACCGCGAGGGCGUAGCUGCGUUCUGCUCAGCACAGACCUGGGGGACACCACAAAGGCGGAGCACCAUUCUGCUCAGCACAGACGUUGGGGGCGCUGCCUCGCUUUGGGACAACUCGGGGACGCGUCGACGUAUUAUUGGGAGUCAUAUCAUCCUGUGGCCCUGAGGAGAGAAGGCAUUUCUCUUUCUGUCUCCUGUCUCUGAAGAGGAGGAGGAAGUAAAAGUUGAAAACCAAGAGGAUUGAAGUCAGUGGCAAGACCAGCCGCUGCCACUGAUGAGCCGGCCUGAGGUGAAAAGAUGAACCGCCCCCUCCCCCACUCUAAGCUCAUGUGCUCUGAAUCCAUCAGGACCCUUUCACGUGGAACCUCUUAGAGCUGUAAGCCCUGAGAAAAGGCCUAGGAAGUCUGUCUUCCUUCGGGGCGCUCGGCUCUUAAGAUGCGAGUCUGCCGACGCCCCCGGCCGAUUAAAAGGAACCUCUUCCUUCUUGAAUUCGGUGUCUGAGGGGUUUGUGCCCGCGGCUCGUCCUGCUCCACUUUUUGGUUCACAUGACCGGGAAUCAAACCUGGGCCGCAGCGGUGAGAGCGCUGACUCCUAACCAGCAGACCACCGGGGAACUUCAAACUUCGUGGGAAAUAGAUUGCCCAACAUUAGAAGUGGGUUGGCCGUCAGAAGUAAGCCUGGACAGGUCCCUUGUUUCUCAAGUGUGGCACAAGGUAACUGGGAAAGGAUACCUAGACUGCUUCCCAUACAUAGACACUUGGUGACAGCUGGUGCUAGACCCCCCACAGUGGCUAAGAGGGCAGGCAGCAGCAAUACUAGUAGCCAAGGGACAGACAGCUAAGGAAGGAUCCCACUCCACCCGCCCAGGGAAAUCAACUCAAGUUCUGUUCUACCCAACGUCAGAAGUUCCACUGCAGGAGAUGGCACCAGUGAUCCCAGUGGUGCCCUCCCCUUACCAGGGCAAGAGGCUCCCCACUCUUGAGCCCACAGUGCUUGCGCCUCCGCAAGACAAGCAUAUCCCUAGGCCACCCAGAGGAGACAAGAGAGGAGGUGAGGCCUCGGGAGAAACCCCUCCCUUGGCAACUCGUUGACGACCCAAAACGGGGAUACAAAUGCCCCUGACAGAGCAGCGGCAUACUGGGAUAGAUGAGGAUGGUCACGUGGUGGAGAGGCGUGUUUUUCUCUACCAGCCCUUCACCUCUGCCAACCUUCUCAACUGGAAAAACCAUACCCUGUCCUAUACCGAAAAGCCACAAGCUCGAAUUGAUUUGCUCCCAACUGUUAUCCAGACCCACAACCCCACCUGGGCUGAUUGCCACCGGUUGCUCAUGUUCCUCUUUCACAGAGAUGAAAGGCGGAGAGUGCUCCUAGCAGCAACUAAGUGGCUAGAGGAACAUGCACCAGCUGAUUAUUAAAACCCCCAAGAGUAUGGAAGGACCCAGUUACCAGGAACCGGCCCCCAGUGGGACCCAAAUGAAAGAGAGGAUAUGCAAAGGCUAAACCGAGACAGGGAAGCUCUCUUGGAAGCAUUCAAGAGGGGAGCUCAGAAGGCUACAAACCUUAACAAGGUUUCUGAGGUCAUUUGGGGAAAAGAGGAAAGUCCAGCACAAUUCUUUUUUUUUUUUUUUUUUUGAGACGGAGACUUUCUCUGUCACCCAGGCUGGAGUGCAGUGGCGCGAUCUUGGCUCACUGCAAGCUCCAACUCCCGGGUUCACGCCAUUCUCCUGCCUCAGCCUCCCAAGUAGCUGGGACUACAGUCGCCCACCACCACGCCUGGCUAAUUUUUUUUUGUAGUUUUGGUAGAGACGGGGUUUCACUGUGUUAGCCAGGGUGGUCUCGAUCUCCUGACCUUGUGAUCUGCCCACCUCAGCCUCCCAAAGUGCUGGGAUUACAGGCUUGAGCCACUGCGCCUGGCCAAGUCCAGCACAAUUCUAUGAGAGAUUGUGUGAGGCCUAUUGUACGUAUACUCCCUUUGAUCCCGAUAGCCCUGGAAAUCAGCACAUGCUUCACAUGGCUUGAGUCCAUCAAAGCGCAGAAGACAUGAGAAGAAAACUGCAGAAACAGCCUGGGCUUGCAGGGACGAAUACAUCACAAUUAUUAGAAAGAGCUAAGCAGGUGUUUGUAAACAGGGUUGCAGUAAGCCGUAAGGAACACCACACAGAGAAUGAACGUCAGGCCCGGCGAUACGCCGACCUGCCUGUUAGCUGCAGGAAUCAGAGGGGUCCCCCCAAAGAAGCAAGGGAAGGGUGGCCCUGGGAAAGAAACUCAGCUUGGCUGUCAGAGUUGGCAGCGUAACCAGUGUGCUUAUUGUAAAGAAAUAGGACAUUGGAAGAACAAAUGCCCUCAGCUUAAAAGAAAACAAGGUGACUCAGAGCAGGAGGCCCCAGACAAGGAGGAAGGGGCCCUGCUCAACCUGGCAGAAGGGUUCUUGGACUGAGGGAGAGCGGGCUCAAGUGUCCCCAAAGACCCUAUGGUCAGAAUGACAGUCGGGGGUAGAGGCAUUGAUUUUCUCGUAGAUACCGGUGCUGAACAUUCGCUAGUAACCGCCCCGGUCUCCCCCUUCUCCAGAAAGACUAUUGACAUCAUCGGAGCCACGGGGGUUUCAGCAAAGCAAGCUUUCUGCUUGCCUGGGACUUGCACUGUAGGAGGACAUACAGUGACUCAUCAGUUUUUGUCCAUGCCUGACUGUCCCUUGCCCUUGUUGGGGAGGGACUUGCUUAACAAGCUGAGAGCCACUGUCUCUUUGACAGAGCACGGCUCUUUGCUGCUAAAGCUACCCGGAACGGGAGUCAUUAUGACCCUUACGGUCCCCCAAGAGGAGGAAUGGAGACUUUUCUUCACUGAGCCGGGCCAAGAGAGACCAGCCCCGGCUAAGCGGUGGCCAAGAGUAGGGGCGGAAGAUAACCCUCCAGGGUUGAUAUGGGGAGUAAUAUCAUCCUCUCCCCGUUGGGAUAUUCGGAACCAUAUCCUAGGGGGGUGUCCACCCUCUGCGAUAUUGGGAGUAAUGUCAUCCUCUGUUUCCUUGGAUAUUAGACACAAUAUCACAAAAAGGUGUACACCCCCUGCGAUACUGGGAGUAAUAUCAUACUCUCCUUCCCUGGAUAUUAGAAAACAAUAUCAUCAGGGCUGAACACCCCCUGCGAUAA